GGUGUUCUCCUGCAUCCUCUCCUCACCACUGCUCUACACGGCUCCUAAAACAUGGGGGAAAACGAGGACGAGAAGCAGACCCAGGCCGGGCAGGUUUUCGAGAACUUUGUCCAGGCUUCUACGUGCAAAGGCACCCUCCAGGCCUUCAACAUCCUCACGCGACACCUGGACCUAGACCCUCUGGACCACAGAAACUUUUAUUCCAAGCUCAAGUCCAAGGUGACCACCUGGAAGGCCAAAGCCCUGUGGUACAAAUUGGACAAGCGUGGAUCCCACAAAGAGUAUAAGCGAGGGAAGUCUUGUAUGAACACCAAGUGUCUCAUUGUUGGGGGAGGACCAUGUGGUUUGCGCACUGCCAUUGAACUUGCCUACCUAGGGGCCAAAGUGGUUGUGGUGGAGAAGAGGGACACCUUCUCCAGGAACAAUGUGCUGCAUCUCUGGCCUUUCACCAUCCAUGACCUACGGGGACUGGGAGCCAAGAAAUUCUACGGGAAGUUCUGCGCUGGCUCCAUUGACCACAUCAGUAUUCGUCAGUUGCAGCUCAUCCUAUUCAAGGUGGCCCUGAUGCUGGGCGUUGAAAUCCAUGUGAAUGUGGAGUUUGUGAAGGUUCUAGAGCCUCCUGAAGAUCAAGAAAAUCAAAAAAUUGGCUGGCGGGCAGAAUUUCUCCCUGCGGACCACGCUCUGUCGGACUUUGAGUUUGACGUCAUCAUUGGCGCUGAUGGCCGCAGGAACACGCUGGAAGGGUUCCGAAGAAAAGAAUUCCGUGGGAAGCUGGCUAUUGCGAUCACCGCCAACUUCAUAAACAGAAACAGCACAGCCGAGGCCAAGGUGGAAGAGAUUAGCGGGGUGGCUUUCAUCUUCAACCAGAAGUUUUUUCAGGACCUUAAAGAAGAAACAGGGAUUGAUCUGGAGAACAUUGUUUACUACAAGGACUGCACCCACUAUUUCGUCAUGACUGCCAAGAAGCAGAGCCUACUCGACAAAGGUGUCAUCAUUAACGACUACAUCGACACGGAGAUGCUGCUGUGUGCGGAGAAUGUGAACCAGGACAACCUGCUUUCCUAUGCCCGUGAGGCUGCAGAUUUCGCCACCAAUUACCAGCUGCCAUCGUUAGACUAUGCUAUGAACCAUUAUGGGCAGCCCGAUGUGGCCAUGUUCGACUUCACCUCCAUGUACGCCUCCGAGAACGCGGCCUUGGUGCGCGAGCGCCAGUCACACCAGCUGCUCGUGGCCCUGGUGGGCGACAGCCUGCUUGAGCCGUUUUGGCCCAUGGGCACAGGCUGUGCCCGAGGCUUCCUGGCAGCCUUUGACACGGCAUGGAUGGUGAAAAGCUGGGACCAGGGCACCCCUCCCCUGGAGCUGCUGGCCGAAAGAGAAAGUCUCUAUCGGCUGUUACCUCAGACUACCCCAGAGAACAUCAACAAGAACUUUGAGCAGUACACGUUGGACCCAGGGACACGGUACCCAAAUCUCAACUCUAACUGUGUCAGGCCCCAUCAGGUGAAGCAUUUAUACAUCACUAAGGAGCUGGACCAGUGGCCUCUCGAGAGGCUGGGCUCAGUGAGGAGAUCCGUGGGCCUCUCCAGGAGGGAGUCCGACAUCCGGCCCAGCAAGCUCUUAACCUGGUGUCAGCAGCAAACCGAGGGCUACCAGCACGUCAAUGUCACCGACCUGACCACAUCCUGGCGCAGCGGCCUGGCCCUGUGUGCCAUCAUCCACCGCUUCCGGCCUGAGCUGAUCAACUUUGACUCUCUGAAUGAAGACGAUGCCGUGGAGAACAACCAGCUGGCAUUUGAUGUGGCUGAGCGUGAGUUUGGUAUCCCCCCGGUGACCACAGGCAAGGAGAUGGCAUCAGCCCAGGAGCCCGACAAGCUCAGCAUGGUCAUGUACCUCUCCAAGUUCUACGAGCUCUUCCGGGGCACCCCGCUGAGGCCUGUGGAUUCUUGGGGCAAAAACUAUGGAGAAAAUGCUGACCUCAGCUUGGCCAAAUCCUUCAUUUCUCACAACUAUCUCAACCUCACGUUUCCGAGGAAGAGGACCCCGCGAGUGGACGUCCAAACUGAAGAGAGCGACAUGAACAAACGGAGGCGGAGAGGCUUCAACAACCUGGAUGAGCCUUCAACCUUUUCCAGCCGGAGCCUGCACUCCAGUCAAGAGUGCGGCAGCAAUAAAGAAGGUGGAAAUCAGAACAAAGUCAAGUCCAUGGCAAGUCAGCUGCUGGCCAAGUUUGAGGAGAACUCUCGGAACCCCUCGCUCGUGAAGCAGGAAUGCCGCAUCUCAGGGAUAGGUAAGCCUGUCCCGCGCUCUUCCUCUGACCCACCUGUUAACUCUCGCUGCCCCCCGCCGGAGGAGCCCACACCCGGCCCAUCACCUCCUCUGAAAAGGCAGUUCCCCUCGGUGGUUGUGACGGGGCACGUGCUCCGAGAGCUAAAGCAAGUGUCUGCUGAUUGCGAGUGCCCGAGCAGACCCUGGAGAGCCAGAGCCAAGUCUGACCUGCAGCUGGGUGGGCCAGGAAGCUCUCCUGCUCUGCCCCCUGCCUGCCAGGGAGCGCUGGCCCUUUCCGGGGUGCUGCGGCGGCUGCAGCAAGUGGAGGACAGGAUUCUCCAGAAGAGGGCUCAGAACUUGGCCAACAGGGAAUUUCACAAAAAGAACAUUAAGGAGAAGGCGGCUCACCUCGCCUCCAUGUUUGGACAUGGGGAUUUCCCACAGAAUAAACUACUUUCUAAAGAUCUGUCUCCCGAGCACACUCCAGCUUCUCCCUCCUGCCUUCCAUCUCCUGAUCCUGCUGCUACUUCCUCUCCAUCGACUGUUGACUCUGUUUCUCCUGCCAGAAAGGCAAAGAAGUCACCUUCAGGUUUCCAUUUCCAUCCCAGCCACUUAAGAACAGUGCGGCCUCAGCUGACGGUAGGGAAAGUGUCCAGUGGAAUAGGGGCCGCGGCUGAAGUCCUGAUCAAUUUGUACAUGAAUGAUCACAGACCUAAGACCCAGGCCACCUCUCCAGACCUGGAGUCUAUGCGGAAGGUGUUUCCCCUGAACCUGGGCGGCAGCGACACCUGCCACUUCUGUAAGAAGCGCGUGUAUGUGAUGGAGAGGCUGAGCGCAGAGGGCCACUUCUUCCACCGCGAGUGUUUCCGCUGCAGUGUCUGUGCCUCCACCUUGCGCCUGGCCGCCUACACCUUCGACAGCGACGAAGGCAAGUUUUUCUGCAAGUCUCAUUUCAUUCACUGUAAAGCCAACAGUCAGCAGAGGAAGAGACGGGCAGAGUUGAAGCAGCAAAGAGAGGAGGAGGGAACGUGGAGAGAGCAAGAGGCCCCUCGGCGGGACACUCCUGUGGAAAGUUCUUGCGCGGCCGCUGCCAUUGGCACGCCUGAAGGCAGCCCUCCAGUUCGUUUCAGCCUUCCAGUGCUACACCCACUUCUUGGCUGA